AUGAGCGGGCAGCCACAAGACUCUGUACCUCGCGUCAGAAUUGAAGAGGAGCUCGUCGAACAGCCGACCUCAACUUGGCAUGAUGAGGAGGUGAAAGCGGACUACGAGUCCAUUGACAGUAACGUCCUUUUCGCCAAGGAGGUGGGUGUGUCUGUGGACUACAGUCGACAAAUUGCGCUUGUGAACAAGAUCAUCCACGAGGAUAUUGGCUUUGGUGCAUUCCAAAUCAAGCUGACCCUUCUUGCUGGAUUCGGCUGGUUGGCAGAUAAUAUCUGGUUCGAGGUAUUGAGUAUGACGCUGACGCUCGUUAAAGAAGAAUGGAAUCUGGGAGAAAGGGAGCACUCCCCUAAGUGGGCAACCUUCUCUCUUUACUCUGGUCUCUUGAUAGGUUCCCUCGCAUGGGGCUUCCUAUCGGACGUCAUCGGCCGGCGUCCCUCCUGGAACCUUACCCUGUUUAUAUCUGCUGCUUUUGGUAUUGCCGUUGGCGCAGCGCCCAGCUUUCCUGUCAUGUGCGUGUUGCUCGGAUUGCUUGGUCUGGGUCUGGGCGGAAAUUUACCUGUCGAUGGUGCUAUGCUUAUUGAGUACAUUCCUGGCCCACAACAGUGGAUUCUCACGUUCUUGUCUCUCUUUUGGUGCAUUGGUCAGCUAUAUGCUGCUCUUAUUUCUUGGGCAUUUAUCACCAAUUACUACUGUGAAGACAAUAUCAACUGGAAGGGUAGUGAUAAUGAUAAGCCACCUUGCCUUAAAGCUGACAACUGGGGCUGGCGGUACUCUUGGUUCUUGCUGGGUGGUACAGUGAUGCUCAUGUUUAUCAUUCGCUUUCUGGUGUAUCCUGUACCUGAGUCGCCCAAGUUCUUGUUAGCAGCUGGUCGCGAGGAGGAGGCAUACGAGGUGCUUUUGUUUAUCGCUAAAGAAAACAAGAAGAAACUACAUCUUACCUUUGAACAGCUACGUGAUGCCAAAUUUAAGCCCAUUGCUUACGAUGCCACGAACACGGUCCAUGCAGUGGUAGAAUCUGAUUCACCCAAAGAAAACCCAAAGUCUCAAGUCCAGUAUGGAUCUAAAUAUACCAGAUGGAUGCAACGCAGCUGGAAUAUGAGUGGUUUGCGCCCAGAUAAUAUUCGACGCACACUUAAGCACAUCGACCGUUCACCCCUGUCAGCUUUGUUUGCGUCGCGGAAAAUGGCCCGGAACACGAUUUUUAUCACACUAUGUUGGGGAUUGAUUGGCCUUGCAUACCCACUGUACAAUUCGUUCAUUGCAACAUACCUAGCCCAGAUAAACGAUGCCUCGGAUGAUGCCGAGAGUCUGUCAAGGCAAUAUCGUGAUUUGGUGAUUAUGUCCGUAUGUGGUAUUCCCGGUAGUUUCGUCGCUGCUGCCGGAGUAGAAAUUCCACGCAUUGGACGCCGCGGUACCAUGGCGUUUUUUACCAUGCUUACAGGCUUGUUUCUGUUCUUGUUUACGACGGCAAAUAAUUCCUCGGCCAUUCUCGGUUGGAACUGCGCUGUAAACCUGACGCAAAAUGCCAUGUAUGCGGUACUUUAUGCUAUCACAUAUGAGGUUUUUCCAGCCCCCCAGCGUGGCACGGGCGAUGGCCUGUCUAUGAGUGUUCAACGUGUUUUCGGUAUUGUGGCUACGAUUGUGGCCGUCUAUGCCUCACAGAAUGGUUUCAAGCCACCCAUUUAUGUGUCCGCUUCUGCGUUUAUUGUCACUUCAGCUUUAAUGUUGCUGCUUCCUUACGAACCCCGGGGCACCACGGCCAUUUGA